AUGGCAGACUUUCGUGGCGCUGCAUGGGAAGGCUUUAUGUUCAAAAUCCAGUCCAAUACAAAUAAUGCCGAUAUAACUAUCCCUGAGCUUGAUCGAGCAUUUUCUAGAUUACAACGACUUUUGGAAAAAAAGGUCAGAAUAUUUUGGCAUAAACAAUACUUUAUCAAAUAUGUUGAAAAUCAGAUCACCCCAUGGGGCCUGAGGAUACAAAUAUUCCCCAAUCUUAAAAAGGUAGAUGACGCCCUUAAACUUAGAUGGGAACAGAACUUACAGUCUUGUUCGUUCGAAAUGAUGAACAUCUUAUGCAACCAAUACGAAGCUGAAAUUGAGGAUCUUGAUGUUCAGGUUAAUGCCUGGUACAUUGAAUUGGUAUUGUCGAUAUCGAAUCCGCUGUUCAUUGCGAGGGAGAAAUCCCUUAAAGAACAUUUGGAAGAAUAUACCACUGACCUAAUUAAUUUUAAGGAGGGCAAAUACCUUAGAGAUAAGGCUGCAUAUGACAAUAAGUAUGCUUACAAAUGGAAUCAACCAACUUUCAACAAACCUACAGCCCAUCCGUCUACACGCAAUGUACCUGCUAAUCUGACUAACAUACCAAAUGUCACCUCUGCUUCCUCUACAGCAUCAAGUCAGUCAACUGUUUACCGAGAGAUGUCUCAUGAUCGUUUCCCACGGAAACGUAAAAAUGACCGAAAAUCUACAUCCUCAGAAUCUUUAUCACAAACCGGUCUCAACACCACUAAGCGUUUACCAACUAACUCUUCUAUUUUAGAUAACUUUCGUCCAUCUUCCUUAUCACGAAUCUUGCAUCCUGAUACCCCACAGGUGACGAAUGCUUCACUAGCGCACCCUCCGCGAGCUCCGGCACUUACGUCGCCUCUGUUAAUGACACCUCACACCACCCCGACGAGACGGAAUCCAAACUCUGAUCUCAACCACCCCUGAAGAAGCCUAACCAGGCGAAAUAUAUAGGGUUUACCAACCGGGUUGUGAUCUCUGCUACAGUAUUUAUGUCUGUUAUGGAAACCUUUUAACCUUGUUAUACUUGUUUAGGUUGUUUUGGUUUAUGAAUUGGACUCCGUUAGAGUCCAUGAUAUGUCCUACAACCUGACGCUAUUUUUUUAAAUAAACUAUUAA